AUGGCUCAACAGCGGGUUCACUCUGCGGAGAGGCCAUUCACCUGCUCAGAAUGUGCGAAACGAUUCACUCGGUCAUCCGACCUACAGAGACAUCAUCGAAUUCACACCGGGGAGAAGCCGUUCAACUGCUCAGUCUGUGGGAAGGGAUUCACUCAGUCAUCCAACCUACAGAGUCAUCAGCGAGUUCACACUGGGGAGAAGCCGUUCCCCUGUUCAGAAUGUGGGAAGGGAUUCGCUCACUUAUCCAACCUACGGAGUCACUUGCGAGUUCACACUGGUGAGAAGCCGUUCAACUGCUCAGUCUGUGGGGAGAGAUUCUCUCAGUCAAACAACCUACAGAGACACCAGCGACGAGUUCACACCGGGGACAAGCCAUUCACCUGCUCAGUCUGUGGGAAGGGAUUCACUCAGUCUUCCCAUCUACGGAGGCAUCAGCGAUUUCACACCGGGGAGAAGCCAUUCACCUGUCCAGAAUGUGGGGAGGGAUUCACUCAGUCAUCCAGCCAACAGAGACACCAGCGAGUUCACACUGGGGAGAAGCCAUUCAUUUGUUCAGAAUGUGGGAAGCGAUUCGAUCAAUCUUCCACCCUACGGAGUCAUCAGCGAGUUCACACUGGGGAGAAGCCAUUCACCUGUUCAGAAUGUGGGAAGAGAUUCGCUCACUUAGCCAACCUACGGAGGCACUCGCGAGCUCACACCUGGGAGAAGCCGUUCAACUGCUCAGUCUGUAAAGGGCAAAUAAAGAUGAUUGUUAAACUAGAGACUGAUUUUGCAAGAAUAUGGUAUUGUGAUAAUGCAUAUGAAAAGCACGGACAAUAUCAUUGCCGAUUGUCCUUCCAGAUGCUGAGCUUACAGUUUUAA